AUGUCGCUGACCUCCACAUUUGUGAAAAAACUAGCGUCAAAUGAUAAACCAACUAGAGAUGCAGCUUUAGAAUCGCUAAAAAAAUAUUUACAAUCAAAAACAUCAUCUAAAUCAAACUCACUUACAUUAUUGGAUAUGGAGAAACUAUGGAAAGGUUUAUAUUAUUCAAUGUGGUUUUGCGAUCGAUCAAAAGCUCAGGAAAGAUUGGCUGAGAAUUUGGGAUUACUAUAUUCAACAACUUUAAAAUCAAAUAAAUCAUUUAUACUAUUCACAAAAGCUUUCAACUUAAUAAUUAUUAAAGAAUGGCCAAGUAUAGAUCAAUGGAGAAUAGACAAAUAUUACUUAUUAAUUAGACGUAUAUUGAGACAUAAUUUCAAGUAUUUAAAACAACAAAAUUGGGAUCUGAAUUUGGUUGAAAAGUGGGUUAAUAUGAUGAAAGAAACAAUCUUAAGUGGUGAUUCUAGAAUACCAGUAGCUUUACCAUAUCAUUUAUGUGAUAUAUAUUUAGAUGAAUUAGAAUUAAUAAUAUUUGAAGAAAUGGAGGAAGAGGAAUUGGAUAAAAAUGCAUCAGAUUAUUUAGAAAAAUAUCAGGAUUUACUAAGACAAAAAAUAGAAAUAGUAGAAGACAUACCGGUUGAAAAACUAAUAGAACCAUUUACUGAAUUGAAUAAAAAUGCAAAAUUGAAAACAUUGAGGGAAAAAUGUAAAGAAGAUAUUAUGGAUGAUGAAAGAUUAGUUGAUUGGGCUGUUGUAGACAGUGAGGAUGAAGAUGAUGAAGAUGAUGAAGAUGACGGAAAAGGAAGUGAAGAUGAUGAUGUAGAAGAAGAAGAAGAAGAAUGGAAGGGCUUUCAAAACUUUUAUAGAGAACUUUAA